UUUUGCAGAGUACAUGCAAAUGGUGGAGAGGAUGUUCAAGAAAUACUCCUCCUUCCAUCAGAUCUGGCUUGGACCGAGACUGUACUUACUUGUGAGCGAUCCUAAGCUUAUCCAAACCCUUAUGCUAUCCCAAGAAGCUAUAAACCGAGAUGAUAUUUACGACUUUGUAAGCCUUCUGGGCGGUGGUGGUGGACUAUUAACACUCAAAGGUCAGGAAUGGAAGAUUCACAGGAAGAACCUCAAUCCUUGCUUCAGUUACAAAAUGCUACAAAACUACAUGCCCAUCUUCAAUGUAAACGCUGGAAUCAUGAUGAAGAACAUGAGUGCUAAACUGAACAAGGGAUCAUUCAAUUUUUACGAAUUUAUGGAACCCUGUACGUUGGACAUGAUCUGUCAAACAACUCUUGGAACUGAGACGAACAUCCAGAAAGGACAGAAUCUAGACUAUCUUUACGCUUGUAACAAUUUGUUCGAACUGAUCACCAUCAGAAUCUUCAGGCCAUGGUUUCAUUCAGAUUUCCUGUACAAGUUCAGCCAUUUGCACAAGACGACAGAGAAACUACGCAAGAUCACUUCAGAAUUCGUGGAAAAAGUAAUCAAGAGCAAGACAAGUGCCACUGCAGAUGCAAAAGAGCGUGGAAUCAUGAAGGUGGAGCGUCAGGAUGAAGAUGAGUUGAUCUCGUACAAAAAGCAGCAGGUUUUCAUCGAUCAAGUAAUGGAUAUGUUCAAUGAGGGAAAACUUGCCACUUGGAAUGACGUCAAAGCUCAUGUAAGCACAAAUAUCGCUUCUGGAUUUGAGACUACAGCUCUUAUGAGCAGCUUCUGUGUCCUGAUGCUGGCAAUGCAUCCAGAUAUCCAGCAGAAAGUCUACGAGGAGAUCGAGAGUAUCUUUGGAAAGAAUUGUCGUGAUCCUGUUGUUGAGUAUAAGCACUUCACACGCCUUGAAUAUCUCGAUAGGGUCUUCAAGGAAACCUUGAGGCUCUUCCCAGUUGUACCGUACUUUUCCCGAAAAGUCAGCAAUGACUUCUAUCUUGCUGGCUACAAAAUCCCUGCUGGGGUGAGAAUUAUGAUCAGCAUCAUUACAGUUCAUCGCAAUAAAGAAAUCUGGGGUCCGGAAGCUGAGAAAUUCAAUCCUGACAAUUUCCUGCCUGAAAAAGUCCAAACUCGGCAUCCGUACUACUAUUUCCCCUUCGGAGGUGGGAUCCGGAACUGCGUCGGGAUGAAGUACAGCUUCCUUGCCGUGAAGACUAUGAUCAUCCACUUACUGUGCAACUAUCGUCUGAACACAGAACUGAGGAUGCAGGAUCUGCGGACAAAAUUUGAUGUAACGCUGAAAUUGGUCAACAAGCACAUGGUGUCCAUCGAGGCACGCUAGCCUAAGAACUCAUUAACUUAUUAGAUAAUUAGAUUUUGUUUUUUUUUUUAGAGUGCUAAGUAAAGAAAAGCUCAAGAUUGUU